AUGAGUUUUGCCGCCGCCAAGCACACUUUCGUUCAAAGCACGUCCUCGGUGUUCGCCAACAGGAAGGAAAAGAAGAAGAAGAAGAAUGUCAUCGCUUUUUCUCCGCAUCAAAAGACGCAAAAGAAGAAUUUAAUCGUCUCUGCUGAGGCGACGAAACAAGCCCACGAAGGCAUCGCAGAGGCACACGAGUCAACGCUAGCGUCCAUGCGAAUGACAUCUAGAAAUUCUUCCUCCUCUUCUUCUUCUUCUUCUUCGGGUACGUACGCUCACGAAGGGAUUGCCGAGGCGCACGAGUCUUCUUUAGCGUCGAUGCGUUUGGCACCAGCUCGAGACGCAAACACGGCGACGACGAGUCGCCCAUCGUCCAAGGCUGAUGAGAAGGACGCGCUUUACUUUUCCGCCACGUGUCCAUUUUGCCACAAAAUUUGGAUAACCAUGCUCGAAAAGAACAUUUCGUUCGACGGAUUCGUGUGGGAAGAUUUGGAAAAUAAGUCCGAGGCGUUUUGCAAAACCUUCGCGACUGGGUCGCCGGAUGCCGAGGCAAACCCGUCGGUACCGGUAUUACGUCUUCCAAACGGUAAGGUCAUGGUUGAAUCGGCACUCGUGAUGAACUAUUUCUGUUGCAACGACACCUAUCCCGGUGUCGAUUUGCGUCCAAAGACUGCAGAGCAGAGAUACGAUGGACAAUUGUUCGAAAACACGUUCAACACGGUCGUCCCGGCGUUUUUCAAGUGUCUCAGGGCGAAGAAUGAAGCAGAAUUAGAAAGUGCGAUUAGUGAAGUUGAACACGCUUUAGCGAAAGCUGACAGAUGCUUGCAAAUGAACGCUUCUUUUGGUGGUGACAACGGGAAUUAUUGCUGCGGAAAUCAGUUUACUUCUCACGACUGCGCGACGAUGGGAUUCCUUUCUCGACUGCGCGUUGUCUUGAAGCAUUAUCGCGACUACGAUUUGAACAAUACUUUACAAAAAUUACCGUGGUUGAAAUCGUGGGCUGAUGCAGUAGAAAAACGCCCGAGUUUGCUGAAGACGUACGAAUUAGUCCCCGGCAUCGUUGGGAAAUCAUCUGUCGACGAAGCGUACAUAGCGCACUUUGCUAAGUUUGUCUCGUGGUCAAGCGCGAUUUAA